AUGGCUGCCAAAGUCGAAAGACCUACAGAUCAAAAGUUCUUGAACAGUUUCUACGAAUUGGCCGACUUUAAUCCGAACAAAAGGCUUCGUGCUGCUGAAUCUUUGUUAAAACAUGAGGUAAUUUCUAAGAUAUGUUGUUUUUUGUCUAUUUCUAUAGUUUAGAGAUCUAUUUUGGCAAAAUUUGUUGAUUUCGGAAUUAACUAUCAGUUAUUAAAGGCAUAGUUUUACCUAAAAUCUCUAUAAAUUAAGGAAUUGGAAACUCAUAAACAAUAUGUGUUGGAAAGAUUGUUGAAAGGUUUGGCGGCUGGUAAAACAGCAGCUCGAUUUGGAUUUUCUAUGUUUCUUUCGGCUUUCUUGGACACUGUCAAAGGAUUUGAAUUCAGUGAAAUCGUAAAGAAGGUUGAAGAAUUGUUGCCUAUAAACGAUGAGAAGGUAGGGUUUAGUUUAUUUUGGAUUUUUAGGCAUUAAGAAUACAAAAUAUAUAGAUAUUAGACGUUUUUUUUCAGAACUUUCCAAAUGCAGUUGGAAGACAUUUUGUCUAUGUUUCUUUGGAAAACACAGAACUUUUCGAAGCAGAUUUAAAACAAUUGCUUGAUUUACAUUUGUCUUUGUUGGAAACUGCUCCCUAUCUCGUGUUUGCCGUCGUUGAUGCGAUUGUGGAGAAGUCGGAACGCCUUGGAGAAGCUAAAUUUGAGAAACAAAUCUUACCUAGUGUAAAGCCGUUGCUGAAUGUGGAAUUGGAAAAGAUUUCUUUAGAGGGAUUGUUGUUCUUGAUCAAGUUUUCUCAGCUUUACACGGUAUGCCUUAUAUAUUUUGUUUUUUUAAGUUCAGGUAUAACGAUGUAAAGCUAUAUGGAAGUAUGGAUAUCAAAUAGUACUGUGGAUGUAAUACAGUUUUUAUGAUUUUAAAAUUACUUUUAGACCGCCAUAAAGACGACUAAGUGUUUUGACAAUAAAAAGCUGAGUCUUCGACCGGUAGUUUACGAACGUGUGUUAGAAUUGAUCAAGUUCAUGGAGGCGUCUCAGAAAUUUGAAUUUUGUAAAGAUUUUCUUAUUUUUGCAAAGAAAUUUGGAAAGUUUGAAGCUGCCCUGAAUCAUGUUGUACUGAAGUUUGUGUCAGAAGGAGAUGAAUGCAAAAGCUCGGAGAGGUUUUUUACCUUAAACAAGGAGUUGUUCAAGAUCGAAAGCUUUGGAAGUGAAGAGGUGAGAGUAAAAUACGUUUUUUAAUUUAACUUUAUAAAUGUAGUAUAUUUUUAAAGCUUUUUUAUUUUUUACUAAUUUUAACGGUUUUUGGCAUUUUUAACCUAUAUUAAUACUUUUCAGCUAAACAUUUUACUAUCGAACGACUUUAUCACAACAUGUCGUAAAUAUAGUCAUCGUAACGAACCGUCUUAUAAAGGACAUCAUGUUUUGAUUGGAGAAGCGUUGGAAGCCUUUAAGCAACGAGUAGAAGGUGGUGCUUUUGCUAGUUCUGACAUUUUGGUAUUAAUUGAAAGGUUCGACAAUAUUGAGAAUGGCAAUUUUGAUACCAAAGUUGGUGUGUCAGUUAGAAUUACAGACUUUUUGGUUUCAAAACUUGAUGGUCAUGAUUUGGAGGGAUUUGCUAAGAGAGUAAGUAAUAAUAUACUAUAUUAUAACCUAAAAAUUUCAUGCUAUACUAUUUUUAAGAGUAAUAUAAACAAAUUUUUAGAAAGUUGGUUCUAUUUUAUUAAUGUGUUUUAGGUAACAAAGGAGGAUAACUGGUCUUAUAAACGUUUGAUCCCAGCGUUUGUUGAAGCAGACGCAACAGUUAAAUCAACAAUCUUGAAGUCAUUUUUGGCCGUUUCUGACCGUUCAGCAGAUCGAUUUAAUGUUGGAUGCAGAUUACUGGAACAUAUCUUUAUAACCAAGAGACACAUUAAUGUUACAGUCAAAGAAGAGGAUGUUCAACUGAUCUUGGAUGUCACUGGUACUAGUUUGGACGAGAAAAAGGACAAGUAAGUUUUUUUCUCAUUGUUUAGGUCGAUAAUUUUUCUCAUUGUUUAGGUCGAAAGUUUAGUCAGAAAGUAGAUACAGUCUGGCAUUCAUUUUAUACUAUCGUUUACUUAUUGCAAUAUUUAUACGAUUAAUUGAUAAAUUUCACUGGUUUUUCUUUCAGAACGCUUGUUUUUGUCGCAGCUUGUCUCAAAUUUUUGGGUAAGGUAGCGGAAUCAGAUGAAGCUGCUACUGAGUUUACGAACGAUGCCAGAGAAAUAAUGUUGUUUGCUAAGUCGACCAAGAACAGUGUAGCAUUAGUCGAUUUCUUGCUCGCCAUAUUGUCGAAAGUAAACAAAAUACACAAGAUUCUGGUGUGUCACGCUGUAGCUCACUUGCCAACGAUUUUGAAUGAGGAAUGUGGUCAGUUUUUGGUUGAGGUAAGUGGCUUUAAUAUUUAAAAAAAAAGAUAUUAUUAUAAAACAGCCGUAUUUUAUACAUGGUAAAUGAAGUUCUCAACUAUGACUUUUUAGACGAUCACCAAAGGCUCAGCAGAACUAGAAGGCGAAGAGGAUUCAGACAACGAAGCAGGAGACUUCAAGCCAAUAACUGAAGAAGAAAGACAAAAAGUUCUGGAGAAGUGGGCAAAAGAAGAAGAAGAAGGUGAUGACGGUGAGUCUGAAGACGACGACGUCUCUGAUGAGGAUGACAUUUCUGAUGACGAAGAAGACGAAAAUUCAGAAAUCGACCCAGCUUUGGUGGCUGAUAUGAAGAAAGCUCUCGGAAAGUUUGCUGCCACCAGGGACAGCGACGAAGAUACUGUAAGUUUUGUUGUGAUAUAGUAAGUUGUUGAUGUUUUAUCACAGAUCUGUAUUGAAUUCAUGAUUUUAGGAAAUGGACGACACUGAAAUUGAAGAGUUGGACAAGGCAUUGGGCGCAGCUCUCAAGAAGAACACCAAAAAAGGACGAAAAGAAAUCACCGAGAACUUGAAUGUCUUUCGAAACAAGGUCUUUGACAUUCUGACAGUGUUUGUGUCAAAAGCCGACAGUGAUGUUGUUACAAAGUGUUUGGGUGAUUUGGAUCAACUUAAGACUGCUUUCGCCAAAGACAAACAGUUUCUGCCCAAGAUCGAAAAGGUGGCUUCAAUUGGUGGCCAGAGGCUGAAAGCGGUCAAGAAGGCAGCCAAGUAA